CGCCACCAAUGCCAAACCAAACACCCUUUAUAUUUGAAAGAGCGAAUGACUGCUUUUAGCCAGUAAACCACUCUGUUACGCGCACGAGCAAGUUAAGCAACUACUACCCCUGCUACCCGUGUUGGGCUCUCGAUCUAGCUUGUUUUUUUUUUUUGACGCUUACAAAGAAAUCGAGACUUUUUUGUACCUCGAUUUCAUCGAAGCCCCCACAAAAACAAAACCCUUGCAACCAAUUUUUCCUGCUGAUUAAAACAAAGCCUCCCUCCUCUUUAUCUCUCUGGCUACCCUCAUCUCCAUCUCCACAUUGGCAGCCUCCGCCUCACGAAAGUCUUUAUUUUCUUCUGCUAGAUUUAAUUUAUUGAAAAUGGCGGCAACAACUGCCUCUGGCGUGCAAAUGGCAGCAGCUAGGCCUUGCAUUUCAUCCUCUCACAGAGUUUCCAAGGCGAGCGCUGCUAUUUUUGCUGUGAAUUCUAAGGGGCCAUCAUGGGCUAAGAAGCUCACGAGUGCUUCUCAUAUAUCAUCUGUACAACCUUUUCAACGAAAUUAUAGAUCAUGUUCUAUUAAGUUCAAUAAGUUUGUCACGAAGGCAAUGUCUGACUCCACUGAGAACAAGCCAGCCUCUGGGCUACCAAUCGAUCUGAGAGGUAAGAGAGCAUUUAUUGCUGGUGUUGCUGAUGAUAAUGGAUAUGGUUGGGCAAUAGCCAAAUCCCUUGCUGCUGCAGGAGCUGAAAUUCUUUUGGGAACAUGGGUGCCUGCUUUAAAUAUUUUUGAAAGUAGCUUGCGUCGAGGAAAGUUUGACGAAUCACGCGUGUUGCCUGAUGGUUCUUUGAUGGAGAUCACCAAAGUAUAUCCUCUAGAUGCCGUGUAUGACUGCCCUGAGGAUGUGCCUGAAGAUGUGAAAGCAAAUAAGCGCUAUGCUGGAUCCACUAAAUGGACUGUCAAGGAAGUUGCCGAAUCUGUGAAACAGGACUUUGGCAGCAUUGACAUCCUUGUGCAUUCGCUUGCCAAUGGACCAGAGGUGACCAAACCUCUAUUGGAGACAUCCAGGAAAGGAUAUCUUGCUGCUAUAUCAGCAUCUAGUUACUCCUACGUUUCCUUACUCCAGCAUUUUGCUCCAAUAAUGAACCCAGGUGGUUCUUCAAUUUCACUCACAUACAUUGCUUCUGAGAGGAUUAUACCUGGAUAUGGUGGAGGAAUGAGCUCUGCAAAAGCUGCACUUGAGAGUGACACAAAAGUGCUUGCUUUUGAGGCGGGAAGGAAACACAGAAUCAGAGUCAACACUAUAUCAGCUGGGCCGCUAAGAAGCCGUGCUGCAAAAGCAAUUGGAUUUAUUGAUAUGAUGAUCGACUAUUCAUCUGUGAAUGCGCCCCUGCAAAAAGAGUUAUCUGCAGAUGAGGUGGGAAACACAGCUGCCUUCUUGGCGUCACCCCUGGCCUCUGCCAUUACCGGUGGUGUUAUAUAUGUCGACAACGGUCUGAACGCAAUGGGUGUUGGAGUCGACAGUCCAAUAUUUAAGGACCUAGACAUUCCAACUGACAAGCACUAAGGAUAAUCGGCAUUAGAUUCGUCGCAUACAAAAAUCAUGAGUGUUCCUUCGUCUGUACUGCUAUACUUCUUUCUUUUACCCCCAUAACAUAAGGAUGUUUUGGCUGAGUGGCUCUAUUUUGUCAUAGAGUUUUCUUUUCGUCUUCAGAAAGGAUUUUACUAGCUUAUGAAUCUUGUCCUAUCUAUUAAACUCUGUGUACAACUUUCCAUCUCGUGCUCUAUGUGAUAUGCAAAAAUAACUGCUGCUUCAUAAAUGUCAAUGUGCUAUGUUCACAA